ACUGAAACAGUUCUCCAGGUAAAACACGAGCAGAGUAAACACAAACAGUAGGUUCUUUUGGGCGAUCUCCGUCAUAUUAGGAAGCCAUGGCCGGCCUCCAUCAGCCCUCAAUUGCUCCGGUGAAGAACGGUCUCCCUCCCCAAGAACUCCUCGACGAUCUUUGCAGCCGAUUUGUGUUAAAUGUGCCAAAGGAAGAUCUACAAUCAUUCGAGAGGAUUCUGUUUCUAGUUGAAUAUGCACAUUGGUUCUAUGAAGACAACUCAGUAGAAAAUAAUCCUUCACUGAAGUCAUUUAAUUUGAAGGAGUUCACUUCGUUAUUAUUUAACAGCUGUGAUGUUUUGAAACCAUAUGUGCCCCACAUAGAUGACAUAUUUAAGGACUUCACUUCCUAUAAGCUUCGAGUUCCUGUCACCGGGGCCAUUAUUUUAGAUGAAACCUUUGAGAGGUGCUUACUAGUAAAGGGAUGGAAAGGGUCAAGCUGGAGUUUUCCUCGUGGCAAAAAGAGCAAGGAUGAAGAAGACCAUGCUUGUGCCAUUAGAGAAGUUUUGGAGGAAACUGGUUUUGACGUGUCAGCAUUCCUUAUCAAAGAGGAUUUUAUUGAAUUGAUGUUUGGACAACAAAGAGUGCGGCUCUACAUUAUCGCUGGGGUGAAAAACGAUUCUUCCUUUGCGCCACUUACUAAGAAAGAGAUCAGUGAAAUUGCAUGGCACCGACUUGACGACCUUCUACCUGCCAGUGAUGAUGUGAUAUCUCAUGGAAUCACUGGUCUCAAGCUUUAUAUGGUGGCUCCUUUCUUAACGUCACUGAGAUCUUGGAUUCUGACACAUCAGCGUCCUGUGGUUCCUAAUUUUGACAUGCCUCUUAAAGGAGUCACCAUGUGGAAGGUGAAGAAUAGCUCGAUGAGUAGUAGCUCGAUGGUAUUAGACAACCAAUCCAGUAAAUCUGAUUCUGAUCCAGGAAAGAGCUUCAGAAACUUCAAAUUCGAUACUGCCUCAAUCUUGCAGGCCAUGGAAGGUGCUUUUGCUGCUUGAAUUUCAAUAAAAGCCUCAAGCGCUUGUUGUAGAACGAUCGGUAGCUCGGGUCUCACAUCGAUUUUUCUGCUUACUGUUAGGUUUUAGAUGUAUAUUUGUCUGAUUUUGUUCUUGAUUUUACAUGUAUAUCAUGUACAGACUCAUUUUGCCAAUCACUGAAUAAGCUGGUUUUUAGUUUGUAUAGAGAAACUAACAUUUGUGGAGAUAUGGAAUUUUUCUUGUACAAGGUUUAGAGGCCCAGCUGUGAUUCUAUGCCACUGAUGAAUCUCACCAAAUUGUUGAAA